AUGCCAUAUGUGCCGCCUCACAGUGUACAGGUCGAUCCGCAUACUGGGCUACCCGUAAGCGACAAUGUACAGAGUAUUCUUCUAUUCGAGUUCAAGUCGAACACUAAGAGCAGACGCUGGGAACUGGACGAUAUAUACGGACACAUUGCGGAGUUCGCCUGUGAUCAACAUGGGUCACGCUUCAUUCAGACCAAGCUCGAGCUGGCCGACUCUGAUGAGAAGGAGCGUGUCUUCGCCGAAAUCGAACCGAAUGCGAUUCCCUUAAUGACGGACGUUUUCGGCAACUAUGUCAUUCAGAAGUUCUUCGAGCACGGUGAUCUGCGACACAAGACGAUCCUGGCCGGUAAGAUGCAAGGACAGGUGCUCACUUUGAGCAUGCAGAUGUAUGGCUGCCGUGUGGUACAGAAAGCGCUCGACCAUGUGCUCAUCGACGUUCAGGCUGUGCUUGUAAGGGAGCUGGAAAACCAUGUUCUGAAAUGCGUCAAAGAUCAGAACGGCAACCAUGUCAUCCAGAAGGCCAUCGAGCGAUGUCCGACGCAGAACAUUGGCUUCAUCCUCAACGCUUUCCGCGGUCAAGUGGUCAGUCUAAGCAUCCAUCCAUAUGGGUGCCGCGUCAUUCAGCGGUGCCUUGAGCGCUGUGACAUGCAAUCAAAGGCCAUGAUUUUGGACGAGAUCUUUGCCGGUGAGGGCAUUAAGGGGAUGAUCACCGACCAGUACGGCAACUACGUUGUCCAGCAUGUUGUCAGCCGGGACAAUGGGUGCGCCAAGCAGCAAGUGCUGCAGAUCGUCUUCGUUGGGCUGGAGACAUACAGCAAGCAUAAAUUCGCAAGCAAUGUAGUAGAGAAGUGUCUCGAGCAAGCGGAUGACAGGUGGCGGCAUGCUGUCCUUCACAAGAUGGCCGACAUGAACCAGCACCGAGUAGAGGGCGAUGGUUACGUUGCUAGUCUGGUCAAAGACAACUAUGGCAACUACGUCGUCCGUAGGUGCACUCGUGCUACUCUUCUCACUGGGGAUGCGUGCUGACGUUGUGACGCAGAGAGAUUGCUAGAAACGCUUUGCCAGCAAGAC